CACGUGGGGUAACAUAUCCCUCUGCGAACUCCGUGCAACAUAUUACAGGAUACGCAGCGUUCUAGAGAUGCGCCCUGAUCCUUUGUUGCACACGGUGUAACUAACCCCAUUUGUAAAACGCAACGGAAUAUGCUGCGCUAUAUAAGAAACUGUUAAUAAAUCACUGCCAGUCUGUCUCCCUUUAACCCUUGCAGCCCUUCCCUGCCGGCUGCAGUGCCCUAUAAAGAAGACCCCCUUCUUCCAUGGCCGGCCCCGGGUUCCCCCUGGAAACUUUGCUGGGCUGACACAGAUGCAACAAAGACUCCAAGCCCCAGGGUUGUCUUUCCCCUCCCCUUAUGACUCCCUCUCUCCCAGACAUAGCCAGGCCUCGGACUCUGCCCCAUCCUGUCUGUAUCAGAGCAGGAGGCGGAGAAGGAAAAUCCCCAGCACGGGGGUUAUUAUUACUGGCAGAAGUUUGUGCUCCGAAACCCCACACUGAGCUCUGAUGGGCACAGCCGACGCCCGGGUACACGGCAGACAGUAGAAGGAGGAGUUGGCAACGCUGGUGAGCAGCCACUUCCCGGGCACCAUGGCUGCUGCCACUCUCCUGGUGGGCGCUGCGCUGCUGCUGGGCUUGUCCCAGGGCUUUAACUUGGACGCAGAGAAGCCCCGGGUCUACGCCGGCGCUGAAGGCAGCUACUACGGCUUCGCAGUGGACUUCUUCACCCCUGAUGCCAACUCUAAGUUCUUGCUCAUCGGUGCUCCCAAAGCCAACACCACCCAGCCAAGCAUCACCCAAGGCGGAGCCGUGCAGCAGUGCGACUGGAGCAGUGACAAGUGCCAGUCUAUUACCUUUGACUCCACUGGUAAUCGAGAUUUUGCCCCCAGCGACCCCAUUGAGUUCAAAUCCAAUCAAUGGUUUGGGGCGUCCCUGAGGGCCAGGGGCAACAAGAUCCUGGCCUGUGCCCCGCUCUAUCACUGGAGGACGGAGGUGAAGCCCGAAAGGGAGCCGGUUGGCACAUGUUACCUGAAGGAUGGAGACGACAUUGUGGAAUAUGCCCCCUGCAGAUCCAAUUCCAAAACUGAUGCCCAGGAACAAGGCUUUUGCCAGGGCGGAUUUAGUGUUGACUUGACCAGUGAGGACAGAGUUCUGCUCGGAGGGCCUGGCAGCUUCUACUGGCAAGGCCAAAUUAUUUCGGACACUGUGGAAGACAUUUUGAAGAUGUACAACCCCAAAAAAUACAGCGUCACCUAUGCCAGUCAACUGUCCACCCGCGCGGCCAGCCCCCAGUACGAUGACAGCUACUUGGGGUACUCUGUGUCCGUGGGGGAUUUUAACGGUGACAAUGUGGAAGAUUUCGUGUCUGGUGUUCCGAGAGCUGCAAAGACUUUAGGUAUGGUCUCCAUUUAUAAUGGCCUAAGUAUGGCUUCCAUGUACAAUUUCACCGGAGAACAGAUGGCCGCUUACUUUGGAUAUUCUGUAGCCACCACUGAUAUAAAUGCGGACGGUCUGGUGGAUUUAUUCGUUGGGGCUCCACUUUUUAUGGAUCGGGCAUCAGAUGGCAAGCUUCAGGAAGUUGGCCAAGUGUCUGUUUACAUUCAGCAAAGCAAAGGUGGACUCCAGCUCCUGUCAAAACUGACCGGUUCCGAUCCAUUUGCAAGAUUCGGAAGUUCUAUUGCGGCCCUUGGCGAUGUGGACCAGGAUGGCUUUAAUGACAUUGCCGUUGGUGCUCCUUAUGCAGGAGAAGGUAAAAAAGGCCUGGUGUACAUUUACAACGGAAGGAGCUCUGGUGUCAGCACUAUACCUUCCCAAGUACUUGAAGGAAAGUGGGCUUCCAAAAGCAUGCCGCCAAGUUUCGGCUACUCACUAAAAGGAGCUACAGAUGUUGAUGAUAAUGGCUAUCCAGAUUUAGUCGUCGGAGCUUUUGGGGCAGAUAGGGCCAUAUUAUACAGGUCUAGGCCUGUAGUCACGGUGAAUGCUAUUUUGGAUGUGACGCCGUCAAUUAUAAACCCUGAAAGCAAGACCUGUACCAUUUCCAGUGAAGUUCAAGGCUCCUGCUUUGAUGUCAAAUUCUGUCUCAAAGCCAGCAGUAAAGGCAAUGUACCCAACCGGCUCUCAUUUAAGGUAGAGCUAUUACUGGAUAAACUUAAGCAGAAGGGAGCUGUGCGACGUGCGCUUUUCCUGUACACAAAGCAGCCCACAUACUCCAAAGUCAUGACUAUAGACAAUGGUGGAGCCAUGCGCUGCGAAGAACUACAGGCAUACUUACGGGACGAGAGUGAGUUCCGGGACAAGCUGACUCCUAUAACUGUUUUCAUGGAUUAUCAAAUGGAUUAUGAAGCUGCGGCAGACCCAUCUGGACUUAUGCCUAUCCUGAAUCAGUUCACCCCGGCAAACCUAACCAAACAAGCACACAUUCUGCUGGAUUGUGGUGAAGACAAUAUAUGCAAACCAAAGUUGAAGUUGGCGGUAGAAAGCGAGCAAAAGCAGAUUUAUAUCGGAGAUGACAGCCCCUUGACCCUGUUUGUUGACGCUCAAAAUCAAGGUGAAGGCGCCUACGAGGCGGAACUUUUUGUCCAUAUGCCGCCCCAGGCCGACUUCAUCGGCGUUGUGCGAAACAAUGAGGCCUUCUCAAGGUUGUCUUGUGCGUUUAAAAUGGAGAAUCAGACGCGACUUGUUGUAUGCGAUCUUGGAAAUCCCAUGAAAGGAGGAACCAAGCUGCAAGCCGCCCUACUCUUCAGCGUUCACCAGAUGAGCGAAAUGGACAAUACCGUGAGCUUUGACUUACAGAUACAAAGCUCAAACCAGUACGACAAUUCCAGUGAAAAACAGUCGCUGCAAAUUGCCCUUGCAGUGUUAGCAGCUGUUGAAAUAAGAGGGGUCUCUACACCAAAUGAAGUGUUCCUGCCGAUUGCAAACUUCGAACCCAUGGAAAAUCCAGUGACGGAAGAUGAUGUUGGGCCACUCGUUCAACAUAUCUUCGAACUGCGAAACAACGGACCCAGCGCUUUCAGUAAAGCCAUGCUUACCAUACAGUGGCCAUACAAGUACAAAGGCAACACUUUGCUGUACAUUGUUAAAUAUGAAAUUGAUGGACCUAUGGACUGUACGUCUGAUGUUGUAAUCAACCCUCUCAAUCUGAAAUCCGCUUCGCAGGCAGAUGAAAAUAAAAAUGUGACCCGACAUGAACGAAAUCGUCGGGACCUCCCGGAAGUAGAAGGUGACUUGCAGACCCUCGGCUGUGGGAUAGCCCAGUGUCUUAAGAUUGAAUGUCACGUAGAGCGGGUGGAAAAAGGAAAAAGUGCUAUUCUAUAUAUUAGGUCAAGGCUAUGGACACAGACUUUUAUGAACAGCGAGAACCAAAAUCAUUCCUUCUCCUUAAAGUCAUCUGCCGCAUUCAGCGUUCUGCAAUUUCCGUACAAAAACAUGAAUCUUCCCGAUAUAAACCGUUUUACGGAGGUCACAACGAACAUUUUAUGGGUUAAUCAGUCUUCCAGCACUCCAGUCCCGGUGUGGGUGAUAGUACUCGCAGUGUUAUCCGGUUUGCUGCUCUUAGCGUUAAUGGUUUUCAUAAUGUACAAGCUUGGUUUCUUUAAACGAGUGCGGCCUCCACAAGAGGAAACGGAAAGAGAGCAACUUCAGCCACAAGAAAAUGGUGAAGGAAACACUGAUGCUUGAGUUAAUAAUUUCUUUUUUCCCCCCACAGGACUCAUUUUCAGCGCUCAGUUGACGUGAGCAUGGCAUCCAGUUUAAACUGGGUGUGGUACUGUGGAGGCAGCCAUUUUGUAGACUGCAACAAUAUUCACAUUCUGGCUAGGAGCUAGUGACCCCACUGCUGUAUUGACAGUAAGGCCUGUAUGCCUCAGUACUGCAGUCUCCUGAUUACCAUAGCCCACAAAAUGGCUGCCACCACUGUGUGUAGGUGAUGGAAUCACUGUAAAGUAAGCCUAAUGCUGAAAUUUGGCCCUUUCUUAAGUAAAAUAACACAAAAUGAUAAUAUGUAUACAUUCCCAUAACUUGAUAGACCUUUAAAUUACAUUCUAUGCUUUACUGGGAAGAACGUGCCUUAUGCAUCAAUGAAAGCAGCAACCUGUCCACAAAAAUGUUUAUUCUGUCAGUUUUAGGAUUUUGCAUACACAAGUAGCAAUAUUAUAAAAUCUGUUGUCUACAUAAACGCCAAAGUAUGGCGCACACACAUCUACAUGAGGUCACGUAGCUUGGAAAAACUAAUGUUCAAGCACCUAGUAAAUAAUAAUAAUAAUAAUAAUAAUAAUAUACUUUUCUAAGGCUUUUUUUAUGUGUGAAACAUUGCUUUUUUCAGCACUGGGUGUUAUUCGAAUUGGUGUUAACAUAUAAAAGUGCAAUAUUUUAUAGAGAUA